AUGGCUUUGGCGCUGAAAAGGGAUUCGGAUUUGAUCCGAAUUCGCACCAAAUAUUUCACAAACAACUACAGGAAAGAUUACUCCGUGUACAAUGGAUUCACGAUGCCCGAGUACUUUGGCAAGUACUUCGAGGAGAUCCAAGAGAUGGAGGUAUACGACGACGACGUCUGGGUGACGGGAUUCCCGAAAACAGGAAGCACCUGGACCAGAGAGACUGUCUGGUUGAUUGCCAACGAUUUGGACUUCGAUAGAGCCGAUGAAGGUCUUCCAACCAGAUUUCCGUACUUGGAGUUCUUCUGUCUGUACGACUUUCGGAGAUAUCCGAAAGACUUCAAACCGUAUCCACCGAUGACGGAUUCUCUGGACUUGGUGAGGAAGGCGAAACGUCCUAGGUUCAUCAAAACCCACCUUCCCUGGGAUCUCCUACCAAAAGAUAUAAGAAACUUCAAGAAGAAACCAAAGAUAAUUCACAUAGCUAGGAAUCCAAAAGACACCUGCGUCUCGUAUUUUCACCACUGCAAACUGAACGAGGGUUUCACCGGGAGUUUCGAUGAUUUCUGGCAACUUUUCGUAACCGGAAAAUUGCAUUACACGCCGUUUUGGGGAAACGUUCUCGGUUAUUGGAACAAGAGGGAUUCGAACAACAACAUUCUGUUCCUCACCUACGAGGAAGUGAAGAGAGAUCUGAUCGGUUUCAUCAAGAAAACGGCGAAAUUCUUGGGGAAAGAGUUGAGAGGAGAGCAAAUCGAUCUGCUGGUGGAUCGUCUGAGUUACGAGAGCGUGAAGGCGAGGAAACCGGAACACUUCGAGCCGAUAGUCGAGUUUCUGAAGCAGUUCAAGAUGUGCCAGAACGAGUCCGGACACUUCUUCAGGGCCGGACUCGUCGGGAAUUACAGCACGCAGAUGUGCGCGGACGUCAUCGACAUCUUCGACAAUUGGACGGAAGAACACACCAGAGGCACCGGCCUCAAGUUCAAUCUGAUCAGAUUCGUGAAAAGAUAUUCAAUAUAACAAAUCCAUUAUAUUUAA